CACUCCUGCCCGGCUAUGGCAGAGAGAAACAGGACGGUGGGCGAUAACACUAUUUAUAAACGCACCGAAUAGAAAUGCAGGCCAGAUAUCUGACCGCAACCGCCGAUCUCCUCUUGCGCUCAGACCGCCUCCGCCGCUAUCCCGGCCUCCGCCGUUCCGGAGCUCCGGAUUUCCCUCGCCACAUGAAUACUACCGGACUUACUCACGGAGCGCAGUUACAGCCAUUCCGCGGCCCUGUAUUCGCCGGCGCGUUCGACGUCUGUGUAGAUUACAGCUCGAUUUUCCGGGACACCGGCGCAACGGCGUCGACGGUGGCCGGAGCUUACGCGCUGGUCUCUGUUUUCAACGGCUUAACUCAGCGCAAUCUCAUACACCAGAACUUAAGCCGAAAGCUGGUCCAUAUACUAUCUGGUCUGCUAUUCAUGGCUUCCUGGCCUCUAUUCAGAGCUAAGUUUAGCGACUCAACAGGAGCACGCUACUUUGCUUCCGUAGUCCCCCUCUUGAAUUGUUUUAGGCUGCUUGUCCAUGGCCUUCAUUUCUCUCAAGAUGAAGUGCUCAUCAAGUCUGUCACCCGAAACGGAAAGCGAGAAGAAUUGCUACGAGGCCCGUUGUUCUAUGUGCUGAUACUGAUCAUAUGUGCUCUUGUCUUCUGGCGUGAUUCGCCUGUUGGAGUAGUUGCAGUAGCAAUGAUGUGCGGUGGAGAUGGUACUGCUGAUAUAAUUGGGAGAAGAUUUGGUUCUGCAAAAUUUCCAUACAAUCAACAGAAGAGUUGGGCAGGCAGUAUCGCCAUGUUCGUUUUCGGGUUCUUGAUAUCCAUGGGGAUGCUAGGUUACUUCUCAGCCCUUGGAUACUUUGACUUGGAUUGGAUGCCUACAAUGGAAAGAGUAGCACUUGUUUCUUUGGUGGCAACGGUGGUGGAAUCUAUACCAACCAAUGGAAUGGUUGACGAUAACAUAUCAGUUCCUUUAGCAAGCAUGCUGAUUGCCUCUUUAUGCUUUGGUUUCUAUUAGAAUGUGUGAUUUGGAGUAGUGUGUUCCUUCACGAUUUGUUUUUCAACCAAACAUGUUUUCUGGUUUCCAUUUUGUAAAGCUCGGGUAUAGUGUUGUUGUUGUUGUUGUUGGUUACUGAGUGAGAACACUUGUCCAAACAUGCUAGCUUAGGGACUCCCAAAACCACCUAGUUUAUGACUUCAUAUGUGGCUAUGCCUUCAGUUUAAAUCUAUCCGGCUUCCAUUUUAUGUGCGGCAUUUGUUCGAGUGGGUGUACUCUUCCUUCAAAAGAAGAAUUAUUGUUUGUAUGCGAUUGUAUUUGUGGAAAAGUGAUUGUCUUUUGUGGAAAGCAAUGAACGUUGCUACUCUUACACCAUAUGUAGUUUGAGAUUCGAAUGCG